CUUUUCGUUUCAUUUCAUCGUCUGUCAUAUUUAACUUAAAACUUCAUGACCAAAUCAUAACUAUUCAAACACUCACCGAAGCAGCGAGAUUUGAUAUGCCUCUCUCGGGCAAGGUACUUCAUCUAUAAACUCUGAGGUUCAUGUGUUUCUGUGAAGUUGAAAACUCUCUUUUUUUACAUCUUUCACGUUGUCAAGUUCUUGUUUUGAGUCUCUAGAUAGAAGUCGCAGGUGUUCCUUUUGUUGCCGAAGCUCCUUCUUUGUAUGCGUUUUGACUUGUUGGUGUUUGAAAGUUUUCAACUUUUUGGUUCUAGUUUAUUGUCUUUUUUACAAAAUAGAUGGUCAUGGAUCAUGAGUUGAGAGGAUACAAUGGUUCUGUGAAUCAAUACGGGCUUAAUGAUGAGACCCUUUUGACCUUACCCAAUCAGAAUCUUGGUAAUGGAUUCAAAGUUAAUGAUGGUUUUGUUAGCUUUGAAGAUAUGCAGUUUUUGUUACCUGAUCCAAUUCCUGAUAAUCCAACACCACCCUCUUCGUUUGUGUCUCAAGAGGGAAAUUCACAUGAUCAGGAUUAUGAUUUUAAUGAUGUAGUUCUUAGGUACAUAAAUGAUAUGCUUAUGGAAGAGGACAUUGGAGAGAAGGCCUGUAUGUUUCAAGAGUCUUCAGCAGCUCUUCAAGCUGCUGAGAGGUCUUUGUAUGAGCUUCUUGGGGAGAAGUAUCCUCCUUCACCCAAAUUUGACCCGAAAAUUCAUGUUGAUCAAAACCAUGAAAGCCUAGGUGUAAAUCAUGAUUUGGAGUUUUCAUGCUUUAACAAUAGUAUUGGAAAUACUAAUAGUGAUGGCUUGGUGGAUCAUGGAUGGAAUUGUGAUUUGGGUGAGUAUACGGGUUCAAAUUUAGCUUCUCAGACGUCUGAUGGCUCGGGGAACAGCGGUGGUAAUGUAGCUGAUGGGUUUGUGGAUUCCCCGGUGAGUACUCUUAAUAUAUCCCAAAUAUUUAGCAAUAGUGAGUCUCUGAUGCAACUUAGGAAAGGGUUUGAGGAGGCGAGUAAGUUUCUACCUAAUGGGAAUUCCUAGAUCACUCCUGUGGAAAAUAACGGAUUGUCAUCUAAAGAGCCAAAUGAAGAACCUAGGAAUGUGGUAGAUAAGGUGGGCAGGAAGCCCGAGAAUGGGUGCUCUCCUGAUGGUUCACGAGGAAGGAAGAAUCCUUACAGUGAUGAUGUCAAUUUAGAGAGUGGGAGAAAUAAUAAGCAGUCAGCAGUUUAUACCGAAUCAACAGUGAGUCAAGAAAUGUUUGAUAUUGUAUUGCUAAGUCCUAAAGAGAGUGAAUCUCAGAUUCGUAAAGCUUUGCAGAAUGGGAUGAGCAAGAAUGUGCAGCAUAGUAGACAACCAAAAGGGCCUAAUGGUGGUAAGGGCCGUGGAAAGAAGCAUGGAGCUAAAAAGGAUGUGGUUGAUUUGAGAAAUCUGCUGACCCUUUGUGCACAAGCUGUUGCAGCCAAUGAUAGAAGGAAUGCAGAUGAGCUACUGAAGAAAAUUAGACAGCACUCGUCUUCUACGGGGGAUGGAAUGCAGAGAAUGGCCCAUAUAUUUGCUGAUGGACUUGAGGCACGCUUGGCUGGUGCUGGAACCAAGGUUUACAAUAAUCUUAUCAACUUGCGAGCUGCAUCAGCUGCUGAUGUCUUGAAAGCGUACCAUCUGUUUCUUGCUGCUUGUCCAUUUCGGAAGCUCUCAAAUUUCUUCUCAAACAAAACAAUUAUGAAUUUAGCUGAGAAAGCAACAACACUUCACAUAAUAGAUUUUGGUAUUAUGUAUGGUUUCCAAUGGCCAUGCCUCAUACAGCGUCUUUCGUCUAGGCAAGGGGGACCUCCUAGACUUCGGAUAACUGGGAUUGAACUCCCACAACCAGGUUUCCGACCAGCGGAAAGGGUUGAGGAGACAGGUCGCCGCUUGGAAAAGUAUGCAGAAACUUUUAAUGUUCCAUUUGAAUUCAAUGCAAUUGCGCAAAAGUGGGACACAAUUCAAGUUGAGGAUCUCAAGAUUGAGAGUGGUGAAGUGCUUGUCGUAAACUGUUUGUAUCGCCUUAAAAAUCUGCUUGAUGAGACUGUGGUUGCAGAGGCUCCAAGGGAUACUGUUUUAAACCUGAUCAGGAAGAUACAUCCUGAUGUUUUCAUACAAGGGAUUGUGAAUGGAGCCUACAGUGCUCCCUUCUUUAUCACUAGAUUCAGAGAGGCUGUCUUCUUUUUCUCAACUUUGUUUGACAUGUUUGAAACCAUUUUGCCUCGUGAUAUUCCAGAGCGGAUGCUGAUGGAGAGAGAGCUAUUGGGGCGAGAGGCAAUGAAUGUCAUUGCAUGUGAGGAUGCAGAGAGGAUUGAAAGACCAGAAACUUUCAAGCAGUGGCAGUACCGGACCAGGAGGGCUGGGUUUACUCAGCUCCCGCUGAAUAAGGAAAUAAUGAAGAUGGCCAAGGAAAGAGUGGAAGCAUACUACCACAAGGAUUUUGUAAUUGACGAAGAUGGCCGGUGGUUGCUUCAGGGCUGGAAGGGCCGAAUUGUUUUUGCACUCUCGUCUUGGAAGCCAACUUGUUAAAUGCAUGUUCACCAUCACUCAUUGAAGGCAUGAUUGUGGGAUUCUCCCCACAUUGCAGCCUGAGGUUAUGGCAGCGGAAUCUCGGAAGCUGAUUCAUUUCAUUCUGCAAAAUUUAGUCCCAAUUCAAUGGCAGUAAUCGACUCUGUCAGAAACGACGCAGAAUGCUUCAUGUUAUAUAUUUUGCAUUGGCACUUCCUGUUUCUGAAACCAUAACUAUAUGUAUAUGCUUCUGAGGGAAAUCUACAGACACCAGGCAGCUUCAGGAUGUCAAAAGCUUGGAGAAAUGCAAACCUCUUGAAAGCACUGUACUUAGUUAAUCCUAGCAGUUUGUAUCAGUAGCACUGUAAACGAUUUUGAAAAAAGUUAAUA